ACGUCACGACUCGGGCGGAGCCGCUGACGCCAUCAACCCGGCACCUGCCAACAUGGAAGGUACCGACGCUGAUGUCCCUCUAGCUGCUGGCCUUGGGGCUCGAGACUCUGGAGCUGCUGCAGCGACAGUGCGUGAGCUCCUGCAGGACGAAUGCUACCGUGACUUUUUAAAUGAGGACUUUGAUGUAAAGGCGUACACUUCCCAGUCUAUUCAUCAAGCUGUAAUUGCUGAACAGCUAGCAAAACUUGCCCAAGGAAUCAGUCAGUUGGAUAAAGAGCUACAUCUACAGGUUGUUGCAAGACAUGAAGAUUUACUGGCACAAGCAACUGGAAUUGAAUCUUUGGAAGGUGUUCUUCAGAUGAUGCAGACAAGAAUUGGGGCUCUGCAGGGGGCUGUGGACAGGAUGAAAGCAAAAAUUGUUGAACCGUACAACAAAAUAGUAGCUCGCACUGCACAACUGGCAAGGCUUCAGGUUGCCUGUGAUCUGCUUCGGAGGAUUAUUCGCAUCUUAUAUCUCAGCAAGAGGCUCCAAGGACAGCUGCAAGGGGGAUGUAGAGAGAUAACAAAAGCAGCUCAGAGUCUCAGUGAACUUGAUUAUCUAUCUCAAGGGAUAGAUCUUUCUGGAAUAGAAGUAAUAGAAAACGAUCUACUUUUUAUUGCAAGAGCUCGCCUUGAAGUAGAAAAUCAAGCGAGGCGCCUGUUGGAGCAAGGUCUGGAAACUCAGAAUCCAACUCAGGUGGGAACAGCUCUUCAGGUGUUUCAUAAUCUUGGAACUUUGAAGCAUACUGUUAGCAGCAUUGUGGAUGGAUACUGUGCGACUUUGGAAGAAAACAUCAAUAAUGCAUUAGACAUCAAAGUUUUGAGUCAGCCUUUGCAGUCAGCUGUAAGAGGGGGUCCUGGAAGAUCCACCAUGCCAACCCCAGGAAAUACUGCUGCCUUUCGUGCUUCGCUGUGGACCAACAUGGAGAAACUUGUGGAUCAUAUUUGUGCUGUUUGUGGACAGGUGCAACAUCUACAAAAAGUUUUAAGCAAGAAGAGAGAUCCUGUUUCUCAUGUUUGUUUCAUUGAUGAAAUAGUUAAGGAUGGACAGCCUGAAAUUUUAUACAAGUUUUGGAAUUCAGUUACUCAGGCACUCUCUUCUCAAUUCCAUACAGCAACCAACUCUUCUACGUUUUUGAAACAGUCAUUUGAAGGAGAAUACCCUAAAUUAUUGCGUCUUUACAAUGACUUAUGGAAGCGUCUUCAACAAUACCAUCAAAAUAUCCAAGGAAAUUUUAAUGCAGGUGGAGCUACAGAUCUCUCUGUUGAUGUGCAGCACAUGGAAGAUGAUACACAAGACAUCUUUAUACCAAAAAGACCAGAUUACGAUCCAGAAAAAGCUUUAAAAGACUCACUGCAACCCUAUGAGGCUGCUUACCUGUCCAAGUCCUUGUCUCGACUCUUUGACCCCAUCAACUUGGUUUUCCCCCCCGGUGGGCGUAAUCCUCCUUCCUCUGAUGAAAUUGACAGCAUCAUUAAGACGAUAGCAAGUGAGCUAAAUGUAGCUGCUGUUGAUGCAAACCUCACAUUAGCUGUGUCAAAAAAUGUGGCAAAGACCAUCCAGUUAUAUGGUGUGAAAUCAGAGCAGCUUCUCUGCACACAAGGAGAUGCCAGUCAGGUGAUUGGGCCUCUCACUGAAGGACAGAAAAGAAACGUGGCCGUGGUCAAUUCAUUGUAUAAGUUAUACCAGUCAGUAACAAAGGUGGUCUCCAGCCAGAGCUCAUUUCCAGCAGCAGCUGAACAAACUAUUCUUUCAGCCCUCCAGAUGGUCCAAGCUCUCAUGGGCAGUGCGGUGCAGCCCCUGCUGGACUCGGUGGUGGACGCCAUCAAGUCCAUCAUCAUCACCAUGCAUCAGGAAGACUUUGCUGGGUCCGUGUCCAGCUCAGCAAAGCCCGAUGUUCCUUGCUCUCUGUACAUGAAGGAGCUGCAGGGUUUCAUUGCCAGGGUCAUGAGUGACUACUUCAAACACUUCGAAUGCUCCGAUUUUGUCUUUGACAACACCGAAGCUAUUGCCCAAAGAGCCAUUGAACUUUUUAUCCGCCACGCAAGUCUCAUAAGACCCCUUGGUGAAGGUGGGAAAAUGCGACUUGCUGCCGAUUUCGCACAGAUGGAGUUGGCUGUGGGUCCGUUCUGCAGGCGAGUGUCUGACUUAGGAAGAUCGUAUCGAAUGCUGAGGUCAUUCAGGCCGCUGCUCUUCCAGACCAACGAACACGUGGCCAACAGCCCUGCCCUGGGGGAUGUGAUCCCAUACAGCGUCAUCAUCCAGUUCCUGUUCACAAGAGCACCUGUUGAGCUCAGGUCUCCCUUCCAGAGGGCCGAGUGGUCCCAUGCGCGUUUCUCCCAGUGGCUGGACGACCACCCCGCGGAGAAAGACAGGCUCCUCCUCAUCAGGGGAGCCCUGGAAGCUUAUGUGCAGUCUGUGAGAAGCAGAGAAGGCAAAGAAUUUGCUCCAGUUUAUCCCAUCAUGGUGCAGCUCCUUCAGAAGGCCCUGUCCGCCCUUGAGUGAUCACGCACAACCUUCGUCAAUCUCCAUGUUGUAAGUUGGCAGUCACGAUGCAGCCGACUAUUGACUGUUCCUUUGCUGUAUUUCCUGACGAUCCUUCUGUUACCCUGUGGCACUUACACUUCAGGUGGCACCAUUAGUUUGACCCUGAUCUUACUGGGACAGGCAGCCCUAUCUCCUGCUCCAGCUUGUGUGCAGGUCUGACUUCCGUCCUGUUACUAGGGAAACGCACCAAAGGUCCCUCCUGCUAUUAAAAGAUGUUAUCAAAUCUGA